CGUAGUUCACAACGACAGGAUUUUUUGGAUUGAUCCGUCAAAUGCUUGUACCGAAAUUGAACCAUUUAUCGACAAAAUAUGGAAAAAGUACAUGUAAUAAUGCAAGAGAACGUAAGAGAAUCAUCGAUGAAGGAUAAAAAAUUAUAUAUUGGUGGACUGUUCCCUAUAACUGGGACUUUAGGAUGGCUGGGAGGCCAAGCAUGUUUUCCUGCGGUUAAACUUGCGUUAGAAGAUGUUAACAAUAGACACGACCUUUUACCAAGAUAUUUACUUGAGCUGGUACACAAUGACAGCAAGUGUCAGGCUGGGCUGGGAACCAAUGUAAUGUAUGAUCUUCUCUAUACAGAACCAGUGAAGAUCAUGAUGAUGACAGGCUGCAGCAGUGUCUCUACCUUUGUGGCCCAAGCUGCACGCAUGUGGAAUCUUGUUGUGCUCUCGUACGGUUCAAGUUCCCCUGCACUAUCCAAUAGGGAGCGCUACCCAACCUUUUUCCGGACUCAUCCGUCUGCUGUCAUUCAUAAUCCCACCCGUAUCAAACUCUUCAAGAGGUUUGAAUGGAAAAGAAUUGCCACAAUUGUUCAGACGGAAGAAGUUUGGACCUCUACAAUGAAUGACCUAGAAUCACAAGUGAAGGAUCAUGGGAUAGAAAUUGUAGUGCGGCAAAGCUUCAGUAUGGACCCAUCUCAUCCUGUCAAAAAUCUAAAGAGGCAGGAUGCAAGAAUUAUUGUUGGACUAUUUUACGAGUAUAUGGCAAGGCGAGUCUUCUGUCAGGCCUAUAAAGAGGGCUUAUAUGGUAGGAAAUAUGUUUGGUGGAUUGUUGGUUGGUACCCUGAUAACUGGUAUGAGAAAAGGGAUGAGGAUGACAAGGUGGACUGUACAGUAGAGCAGAUGAAAGAAGUUCUCCAGGGACAUUUUACAACAGAAAUGAUGAUGUAUAAUCAAGAUGAUGUGAAAACUGAAUCUGGGAUGACUUCGAUGCAGUUUGAUGAGAAAUUGAAGGUUAAGCUGAGAGAGAAGUAUAACAAUACCCAGCCAGAGAUUCUUACGGGUUACCCAGAGGCUCCACUGGCAUAUGACGCUGUUUGGGCAAUAGCACAUGCUCUCAAUAAAACUAUGAACAGGUUGGCCAAGAAGAACAUGCUUUUGGAAGACUUUACCUAUAAUAACACAGAGAUCAAGGAUGAGAUUUACGUUGCCUUAAAUGACACAAAGUUCCUAGGAGUCUCUGGUCCUGUAGCAUUCUCCUCUAAGGGGGACAGGAUUGCAUGGACACAGAUAGAGCAAAUGUGGGAUGGCAAAUACUAUAAAGUUGGUUUCUAUCAUGAGAAGACUGACAACCUUACUUGGAAGAAUACCGAAAAGUGGAUAGGUGGUCGUCCUCCGAGUGAUCGCACAGAGGUAGUUAAACAGUUGCGUACAGUCUCACAGGUCCUGUUCUUUGCCAUGUGCAUCCUCGCAGCCGUAGGGAUUAUUGCUGGUUUGGCUUGCCUGGUGUUUAACACUAUGCAUAGACAUUCAAGAUAUAUCCAGCUGUCACACCCUAUAAUCAACAACAUUGCAGUCAUUGGCUGUAUGAUAUGCUUUCUCUGUGUGUUCCUGGUUGGUCUAGAUGGCAGAUAUGUCAGUGAAGACAAAUUUGAUCUUCUCUGCCAGGCUCGAGCAUGGGUUCUGUCUGUCGGAUUCACACUUGCAUAUGGAGCUAUGUUCUCAAAGAUCUGGACCAUCUACAGACUGACCACUCGCAGGAAAAAAGAAAUAAAGUAUCAAAAAGCAAACGAUUCACAUGAAUUGAAGAAUUACCCACGAUUGGUAGUUCACAGUUGGGAGAUGUAUCUUGUAAUAGGGCUCCUUCUACUCCUUGAUGUCAUUCUACUAGCCAUCUGGCAAUUAAUGAGUCCUUUAGAACGUGAGCUGGAAGAUUUUGCCCUCGAGGACCCCUUAGAUUCAGAGAAAGAUAUCAAACUGUUGCCACAACUAGAGCAUUGUAGUUGUGAGAAUAUCAAUGUUUGGCUCGGUGUUAUGUAUGGAUACAAAGGGAUCCUUCUCCUGUUUGGGGUACUACUGGCUUAUGAGACCAGAAGUGUCAAGAUGAAGCAGCUUAAUGAUUCUAGAUUUGUUGCAAUGGCCAUCUAUAAUGUAGUGGUGCUGUGUAUAAUCACUGCUCCAGUGACUUUAAUCAUUGGCUCUCAACAAGAUGCAACUUUUGCUUUUGUUGCUGUAGCGAUAAUUCUGUGUUGCCUUUUGUCAAUGGGAUUAAUCUUUGUUCCCAAGGUUGUGGAACUGAUUCGUAACCCUGACAACGGACUAGAUAGUAAAUCAGUUAUUGAUUCAUUAGCUUCUAAGGAAGAAGAGGAGCGUCAUCAACGUCUUGUUGCUGAGAAUGAAGAAACUAAGCAGUUGAUUGCUGAGAAAGAAGCAAAGAUCAAGGAGCUUAAUUUGCAGCUUCAGUUGAAGAGUCAGAAGAGGCUCCAGUUAUGCCUGCCUAAUGAUGAGGAUACUGGCAACCAUAGAGGGCCUCCCAGGGUCGCUACUGACCAUGAAAACAAUGGCUGUAAAACACACUUACUUAGCACCUCAUUCUUGAAACCAUAUGAGGAUGAUGGUGACAUCACAAUUGAUCCUGAUUCAGCUAUGCCAACGUGUACUAGCUCGACGGCAUUUUCUAAAAGUUCAAAACUUUCUGGUUCAUCUGAGAACUAUUCAGAGUCGUACUGUUGACAUAAAGCUACUGACCUCGGUAUGGCUAAUUCUUUAACAGUGACCAAUUAAGAUAAGUUUAUAUGAAUUUGCAUCAAUAACUUUUUCCUUUCACACAUCUGAAAACUUAAACUAUUGUACUUACAUGUUAAAUGGAUUUUAUGAAUUAACAAGACUGGAGUUGUACAAGUUUUGAUUUUGAUUAAGUAGUAAACAAAAUCUGUUGUUAUUAUUAUUUCAUAUUAAAGAAUUGUUCACAGCGAUAACAUGAUUUUUAGAAAAGAUCAAAAUAUAAAUAAUUUGGUAAUUUUUGUUUCAUUGUUGGUAGAAUUAGCAUAAAGGGGUUGGUAGGUGUCAAAUAAGCAAUCGCUAUAUAAAAUAAAUGUAAAUAUUUGUAUUUGGGGCCAUAAUUAUGAACCACAGUGUAUGUGUAGAAGACUUUAAACAAUUGCAUUUGGUCGUCUUCACAGUGUUUUGAGUGUACUUGUCAGAUUC